AUGCUUUGGAAAAUAUUGUUAGGUACAGCUACCAUGGGGCUCGGCAGAUAUAAUAAUUUCGCGUUAGUCGUUACAUUUUUCCUUUUACGAUGGGUUUCUGCGCAAGACUAUUAUGAAGAACAUCACAGAAAUCAAGUAGGCCAUUUAACCAAAAUCCCGAAACGGUUUGAAGUAAGAGGAGAGAACGCUAUAACUGAAUUCAGCAAAUAUGUUAGUGACAUAAAAAAUCUGGCUUCCAAUAAAAAUCUUUAUAUAGUGUACAAAAUUAAAGUCGAUAGCUCUAUUAAGAACAAACAUAAAAAUCGUAACAAAGAUAGACUGAAUAAAGGAAAAUCAAAGAAGUUUCUUGUACCAUUGAAGAAGAAGAAUAUGAAAUUGUCAAGUUUCGAAAUAGUUUUAAGGAAACGAGCGAAUGAUUUAGGUCUCAAACAUAAUCAUUAUGAAGAAGCUACUACUACUGAGAAGCAAAAAAUUAUAUUCACGACGCGACAAGUGGCGAUCGGUAAGUACAAGCCGAUUGUGGGUGGAGUGAAGACGAACUACGCAAAAAUUGUACGUCCAGUUAAAAAUCGAAUAAUAACUUUAGAAAGU